GUUGUGAUCUUCCCCAAAUUCCAGUUGGUCUCCGACAAGCCGCCCUGAAAAUGGCCGAUUAUUUGCCAUUGAAGGGCGAAGAUGGAGAAGAAGAAGAAGAACAACAACAACACAAACCAAUCCCAAGGACAAGAAGUACCACUCGUCUCGCCUCUCUCGACGUUUUUCGUGGUCUCGCCGUCUUUCUCAUGAUAUUCGUUGAUUAUGGUGGCUCAGUUCUACCAUUUAUUGCUCACUCUCCAUGGAAUGGUGUACACUUGGCAGAUUUUGUGAUGCCUUUCUUUCUAUUUAUUUCUGGCGUUUCUCUCUCACUUGUUUACAAGAAUGUAUCGAACAAAGUACAAGCUACAUGCAAGGCGAUGAUGAGAGCGGCAGAACUCUUUCUUCUUGGUAUUUUUCUUCAAGGUGGUUAUCUGCAUGGAUUAAAUUCCUUGACAUUUGGUGUUGACAUUGAAAGGAUCCGUUGGCUUGGCAUUUUACAGAGGAUAUCUAUUGGAUACAUAGUUGCAGCUUUAUGUGAAAUUUGGCUAUCUAGAAGGCAAAGGGAAGUAGCUCUUUUCAAGAGCUAUUAUUUGCAUUGGUGUGUUGCAUUUGCCAUAUCAACCAUAUAUUUGGGGUUACUAUAUGGUUUAUAUGUUCCGGAUUGGCAAUUUAAACUGUCAGAGUCAACCUCCUUUGUUUCUUUCUCCAAUGAUGGUGAUGUUGUUAACACGGUGAAGUGUGCAGUAAGGGGUGACCUUGGACCGGCAUGUAAUUCAGCUGGAAUGAUUGAUCGCUAUGUUCUCGGUGCUGAUCAUCUAUACCAGAAGCCUGGAUACAGAAACUUGAAGGAAUGCAGAAGUUCCAAGAAUGGCCAAAUCUCUGAUAGUUCACCUUCAUGGUGCCAUGCUCCUUUCGACCCCGAAGGCAUUUUAAGCUCAUUGACAGCUGCCAUAACCUGCAUCGUUGGACUUCACUAUGGUCAUGUUCUUGUACAAUUGGAGGACCAUAAGGAUCGGCUUCUUCAAUGGUCGCUAUCCUCAGUUUCACUUUUCUUCAUUGGGUUGUUGCUUACCUUUAUAGGAAUCCCCUUAAACAAACCUCUAUACACAAUUAGUUACAUGUUGCUUACAUCAGGUACUGCAGGGAUCACAUUUUGUGCUUUGUACCUACUGGUUGAUGUUGGAGGAUUCAAACGAUUGACAUCUUUGUUGGAGUGGAUAGGGAAGCAUUCUCUUAGUAUCUUUGUUCUUGUAACUUCUAAUUUGGUUAUUAUUGCAGUACAAGGAUUUUACUGGACGUCUCCUGAAAAUAACAUUAUUAACUGGAUUGUAACGCACGUUGUGAAAAGGUAAUUAUAUAAAUACUCAAAAAUUUCCCUAUGCAAGGUAAGGUACAUGUUUUAAGAGGUUUUCUUUUCUCUCUGGAAAGCCCACAAAAAGGAAAUUGUGCUUUGUGUUAGAGAGCAUUAUUUUGUAGAAGCUGAAAACAGUUUUGUCCCUCCAAGGAGAAGUUAGUAUUUCCUUUCUCUCCUUUUUUAUAUAU